UUUCGCGCGUUAUCUGUUCUAAACUACAAAGCGAAAGUCAUUUGUUGUGGUGAUUUAAUUGUUUUUUUUUUCUUCCAGACUCGUGCACGUCAGCAGUUGAACUUGAUUCAAAACGGGUGGAUUGCUGAGGCUGCGGGUGAAGGUUUGUCCGACUAUCGUAAAAAUCAAUUCUUAAAAGACCAAUCUCUUUCGGGCAAAUCAACUAUUCCUAUCGACAUGUAUAAUGUCAUAUCACUGUUGCAAUUCAAUAUAUUCGAUAGGGUAUAGGCUAAUCACUAUAACGCCCCUUCACUUCUGCUGCGAUUCCCAAAUUUUCAUGGACAAAUGUGCCGAGUGCGAGAGUGCAAUAAUCUGCAUCUAGAUGUUUCAUUUUUUGUGCAUUCAUCCUGCUAACCCAUUUUUGGCGAAUUACUUUCGCUCAAUCAACCUAUCGUGCGAUGCAGUGUACCGCCUCCUGCACCGUUUGUCAUCACUGCCAAUUUGGUAUAAAAUCGUUGGCCGGCUGGCUUGUAAAUCACAGUUCUUCAGCUGAUUCAAUCCUCUCAACUACUCCUCCAACAUGCAGUUCAUCAUUUUCGCCGCUCUCCUCGCCACCGCCGCUGCAACCUACAGCGCACCCGUUUAUAACGCACCGGCGCCGGUGUACUCCACUUCGCCACCCGCUUAUUCCGAGCCGGUCUACACCACAACUUACUCCGCACCGGUCUACUCGACAUCUUCUUCCUCUUACUCCGCACCUGAAUAUUCGACAUCUUCCUCAUCUUACUCCGAUCCCGAAUACACCACUGAGGAAUACACUGCUGCGUCUGAAUCCAACGAAUCCAACGAAUCCGGCGAGGCCAGCAGUAUCGAGCUCACGACCACCUAUGCCGCCCCUUCCUACAAUGAGCCCGAGUACACAACAGCCGCUUACUCCGCUCCCGGUUACAACGCUCCUGGUUACAACGCUCCCGCUUACUCCGCUCCCGCUUACUCCGCUCCCGCUUACAAGGAGCCUGAAUACACCACGGCCGCCUACGCUGCUCCGGUGUACUCCGCACCAGUUUACUCCACUGCUGCCCCCGUCUACCAAGCUCCUGUUUACCAAGCUCCCGCUGCACCCGCCUACCAAGCUCCUGCUGCUCCCGUUUACCAAGCUCCCGCUGCUCCCGUCUACGAAGCCCCCGUCUACGAAGCUCCCGCCUAUACUCCAUACUAAGCCAUCACCCACAGCAGUAUUAUCCUACACUUAAAGAUGACUAAAUUAUUAUUUAUUUAAAAAGAUCGCUUAUAAAAAAAAUGUAAUUGAGUAUUUAUUAAUAGACAACUGAG